UCGAACCAGGAAGUAACGUGUUACAACAGUCCUUAGACAUGCGAUCAACACUACAAUGGGCUGACUGAGGAAAAUCUAAACUGCAUAAUGGAAAAGUAUUUUGCUCUGUGCCUUUUAUUGUAUGUUAUCGCUAGCUGUUUUGCUGAAGAUCUUACUUACUUGAACGAGUUCUACUCUAAAACGCCUCAGAGGUUGUCCAAAUACAGCUGGUACGGCAAUGUUCGGCUAAACCACUUCAGAGUACCGGAGGAUGCCGUGCUCGUGCGGUGGCUGCUCACGGUCUCACGGGGAUCCGGACUGAACUGUGGCAACCAAAACAUCACUGUGCACUUUAGGGCAGGAGCUCCCCCGGUCAUCAACCCCAUAGACACAGCCUUUCCAAACUCCACAUCAGUCUCCCUUGCUCAUAACUUGACGCUGAUUAUUCCCAGUGGACAGAGCAGCAAUGUGACACUGUUCAAUAUGACCCACCCCAAAGCUGGUGACUGGUUCCUUGCUGCUCACCUGCCCAAAGAUGAAGGAAAGAUAGAGCAGCAGGGACUGUCAUCUUGCUCAUACCUAUUCCAGGCACAGAUGUUUUUAAGGAGAGCUGCUGACCUGCCGAUCCUGCAACACAACAUUCCACUCUAUCAAACACUCACUACUACAGCUCCAGCCUUGUUUAAGGUCUUUGUUCCAGAGUUCUCCUCCAGGUUGGAUGUUUUCAUCUUGAACUGCUCUGUAAAGCUGGGAAAUGAUUGUGGGCUGUCAAUCACUGUAGGCUCCAGCACUUUGAAGCAGGGCUCGGAGCUGAAACAGAACUGUUCAGGGUUAGAGAGCUGCUCCGCAUCGGUCCUCAUUCCCCCGUGGAACAGCUGGUUGCUGGUUAUGGUUGAGACUAGUCAACCAAACACCACAAUACCUUUCAGCAUCUCUGCCAAUGUCACAGUGGGAUGUAAACCUUUGAGCGCCUCUUCAGAUUUUAACACCUCAGCCUUUAUUCGUACCAUCAUUGCUCCCCAAAGCAACAGCUCAGGUGCCCUAAGUAACACAUCCGUUUCUAAGAGAGACCAACCGGGCCUCCGUGCUAACAGCUCUGAGCCAAUGUGCAUGAAAAGCCCUUCAGUGUUCAGAGAUGAACAGGAUGUACUAUCACUACGCUUCAUUGUUUCCAGCAACCUAACUGUGACCUCGGACCUUCCAACUGUGAUCACACUUGAGCAGUCUCCUGGUGAUAGUGGCGGCACGUUUGUUGUACAGCUCAACUUGAACACUAGUUCUCUGGUUGGUGGAUUUGCUCAUGUCAAAGCAUGUCUCACACCUACUGCUCCUUUACUUCACCUCAACCGCAGCCAGACUUGUGCUACAGGGCUUAUGCAGGGUUAUUCGCUGAGCGUGAGCAGCAAUGAAUCACAGGCACUGUUGAGGAUUCCAUUCCCAGAUGCAGCAGUGUGGUACCUCAGCCUCCAGACCGUGUGCAAUGACAGUGUUGACUGCAGGAAUGCAUCAGCCAUAGUGAAUGUGUCAGUGAGUGUGAGUGCAUGCAUUGAUGACUGUGGGCCGUAUGGAGAGUGCAGACUGCUACGCACGCACAGCUACCUCUAUGGCGCAUGUGUGUGCAAAGCAGGUUGGCAGGGAUGGGGCUGUACGGAUGGAGCCACUGCGCAGUCAUACUCUCGGCAGCUGGCUGCAGCUCUGCUCCUCACCUUCAGUAACUUUUUCUUCAUCCCACCCAUCGUCAUAGCACUUUACAGAGGCUACCACAUUGAGGCCGCCAUCUACUUCUUUAACAUGUUUUUCUCCACGUUUUAUCAUGCGUGUGACCAGCCCGGUGUGACUGUGAUGUGUAUCAUGGACUACGACACUCUCCAGUUCUGUGAUUUCUUGGGUUCUGUUGUGUCCGUGUGGGUGACCAUUGUGUGCAUGGCACGGCUCCAGGAUCCUGUAAAAUAUUUAUUGUUUAUGGUGGGCACUCUCAUCAUUUCUAUGGCGAUGCAGUUGGACCGCAGGGGGCUGUGGAACCUUCUAGGACCUAUUCUGUUUGCUUUGGUCAUUAUGGUCACUUCCUGGGUUUAUCGAGGUGUGAAACGGCAUCAGUGUUACCCUCCGUUGUGGCGUCGCUGGGUGCUGUUCCUGCUUCCGGGCAUCGUAUCUGCAUUGAUUGGACUGUGUGUGUAUGUCUUUGCUCAGACCGACAGCAACUACUACUACACUCAUUCCAUAUGGCAUGUCAUGGUGGCCACGAGCGUGGUCUUCCUCUUACCACCCCGUGAAAAACACGUUCCCCCCUGGGGCUGGACGAACAAAAUCUGUAGCUACAGGAGAUGUAAAAAUGAGAAAGUAGAGCAUUACACUGCCACCUAAAUACACUGCUAUUGAUAUUUGCACAAACUGGAUUUUCACGGAUUUUUACAGUUUUACAAAUGUUAUUGGUUAACACGUCAAGCUUUAUCUGAAAGAUUCUCCUCUGCAGUCGCCAGUAUGGCUGUAGGCACAUUAAUAACUUCUUUCUAGGAAUAGUUUACCUAAAAAUGAAUUUUUUACUGUCAUUCUAAAUCCAUAAACCAAAUCAAGGGAACACAAUAGGAGAUUCUUCAGAGUUCAUAGAGACCACAGCAGUCAAGGGAAGACUAUUAGUGACUUAUUUUCUGUUUCUCACAAAGACUUCAGAAGACUUGGAAUAUAGUGCACAAGUCAUAAACACUUCUUCUCCUUUUGUAUUUCAUUGAAAAAAAUAACUGCAUACAGGUUUGAAUGGCAUGAGGGUGAGUAAAUAAUGCCA